GUGUAGGUUGGUGAACCGGGAACCACCUCUCGCCCACGGAAACACAAGCAUGGCGGUGCUGCUUGAAACUACGCUGGGCGACAUAGUCAUUGAUUUGUUUACAGACGAACGACCUAAAUCAUCUCUGAACUUUCUGAAGUUGUGCAAGAUCAAAUACUACAACUACUGUCUCGUCCACAGUGUUCAGAGGGACUUCAUUGUGCAGACUGGAGAUCCUACAGGGACAGGGCGUGGUGGAGAGUCCAUCUACAGCAAACUGUAUGGUGACCAAGCCUGCUUUUUUGAUGCAGAAAAAGUUCCGCGCAUCAAGCACAAAAAGAAGGGGUUGGUGUCCAUGGUAAAUAAUGGGAAUGACCAGCAUGGCUCUCAGUUCCUUAUCACCACUGGAGAGAACCUGGACUACCUGGAUGGGGUACAUACUGUGUUUGGCGAAGUGGCGGAAGGAAUGGAUAUCUUGGCCAAGAUCAACGAGACCUUUGUUGACAAAGACUUUGUCCCUUUUCAGGAUAUCAGGAUAAACCACACUGUGAUCCUUGAUGACCCAUUUGAUGACCCACCAAACCUGGAGGUGCCAGAUCGUUCCCCAGAGCCCACCAAAGAGCAGUUAGAUAGCGGCCGAAUUGGAGCAGAUGAAGCCAUAGAUGACACAGAUGGCAGAGCAGCCGAGGAGCUGGAGGAAAUGUUGAAGGAAAAAGAAGCAAAGACGCAGGCCAUUCUUCUGGAGAUGGUGGGUGAUCUCCCUGAUGCAGAGGUGAAGCCCCCGGAGAAUGUGCUCUUCGUUUGUAAGCUGAACCCAGUGACCACGGAUGAAGACCUGGAAAUCAUCUUCUCCCGAUUCGGACUCAUAAAAUGCUGUGAGAUCAUCAGAGACUGGAAAACAGGAGAGUCUCUGUGUUACGCUUUUAUUGAGUUUGAAAAGGAAGACGACUGUGAAAAGGCAUAUUUCAAAAUGGACAACGUGCUCAUCGAUGACCGUCGCAUCCAUGUAGACUUUAGCCAGUCUGUGGCAAAGAUCAAAUGGAAAGGGAAAGGUGGGAAGUACACCAAGGAUGACUUCAAAGCCUAUGAGAAAGAUGUGGACAACCGGUCCAAGCUGGCUCUUAAGGAGAAAGUGAAACCUAAACAAGACUCCAAGUACGACCUGUUAUUAGACGAGGAAGAAGAAGAGGGAAGCGGUUGGCAAUCUGAGAAGAAACGCAAAGAAAAGAGGCACCAUCACCAUUCAGACGAUGAAGACAGCAGGAAGUCCAAAAAAUCAAAGGACAGCGAGGAGACCAGGAGAGAGAGGAAGACUGCCCGCCCGCGCUCCCCAUCCCGCUCUCGCUCCAGAGAGAGAGACAGGGAUCGUGAGAGAGACAGAAACAGAGAGCGGGAGCGAGACCGGGACCGAGAUGGUCACAGCAGACACGGCAAGUCUCGCACCAAGCAUCGGCAGGAGGACCGCAACCGGGGCCACGGUGGCAAGGACAGGAGCCGAAGUCGGAGCCGGUCCCCAAAGAAGUCCAAAGACAAGAGCAGAUACAAAUAAAGGAGGGACAAAGGAGAGAGACUGUGUGUGUGUGUGUGUGUGUGUGUGUGUGUGUGUGUGUGUGUGUGUGUGUGUGUGUGUGCAGUAAACUACUACAGGUUGUAUGCAGGUGUUUUCUUCUGUGUAAUGUGUCAAACAGCAUUUAAAGUAUUCAGUCUCCACCACUUAAUCACGAAGAUGUACUUUUUUUUUUUUUCCAUGUGACUGUAAAGGUCCCGAAUGGUGUUUUCACUUUCCCUGCCCGCGCCCCACCUUUCUCCCCCACCCGCUUCACCGAGCAGCCGGGGGCCACCAAAUUCACCUCUUCCACAUCUGUUUGUCUGACCUUUCCACUGGUGUCUCACGUUGUGUCUAGAGUAAACGUGGGCUUGGAAAAAGAAGUGCUGAAGUCCACACGGCCGAGGGGGAUUCACGGCGUCUCCUUCCAGUCUGUAAUGUCUGUCUUCCCCUUUCUCACACAGACCGUGAAGUGGCAUUUUAGCGCAGCCAUUUUGGGGAAUGACAUCAGGUUGGUUUUGGGGUAUGUGGUUAAAAGGAAGGUCAGCUGCUGGUAAUUUCUUCUCAACCUUUACGGCAGGGUUUACUUACCCAGUUUCCCCCUCGGGGGCGAAUAAAGUAUUCUGAUUCUGAUUUGCAGUUUAAUUUAACAGAUUGCUCAUAGAAAUGCUUAAAACCGCCAUUGUGAUUAAACGGUUAAAUCACAUCGGCAGCUGAUGGGCGCACGACGCACGAAACAAGCUUGUACUGCUAUGUAUUAAAC